AUGCGUUUCGCCGCUGCUACCAUCGCUCUCCUGCUGGCUGUUGCCUCAGCCACUCCUGUUCCUGACGUGAACGAGGCAAACCUCGACAGGGAGCCUGAAAGCAGGACCAUCGUUGACCUCGGCUUCCUCCAGGCUCACGAGACUCGCGAUGUCAACAUCGCUGACGCUGUCGUAGCCAGAGCUUCUGAUGAUGUUGAAAACUCGCUCGAGCGUCGUGUCUGGCCUCACGACCACCAGAGUGGCAUCUUCAAGGCUGGUAACGGCUACUACAAGAGAAUCGUCACCGGCCUCGUCAUUAAUGGAGUCAACGUCGCUGUGACCGCUUGGUUCAACGACAUCCAUACACUGUUCUUGCAGUUCGAUGCCGCCUUCCCCAACGCCCCUAACUUCAUCUUCGCCGGAUUUGAGGAUGUCUCUACCGGGGUGGAGCGCUCCCCCUGGAGGAUUAGCUGGGAUGAGAUCUACAGCCUGGCCAUCAAGCCCGGUGAAAGAUUCCAGUUUGACAACUCCUUCGUCAUGUGGUGGAAAUAA